ACAAAUUUGCAGUUCAUUUCGUUGUCGUGGAUGGUCUGCUGUUCCAAAUUUUUCCGUUUAGUCGGUUCAGCUUGUGAGCGCUCCUCUGCUUCUCAUCAUCUUGAGUGCCCUUCUUCCAAUCCGAUAGAAUGACAAGAACAGCCAAACCCCCCUGCCCGGGGGGACACUUCUUUCUGGUUUUUAACGUUUUUCUAUUGUUUCUUUUAAUUAAAAGCUAUUUGGUUGCUUCAUCAGAAAACUUCAGAAGAACCUGUUUCAGAAAUAAUGUUUAAAAGGAAUCCAUCUCCACAAGCACAUUCCAGGGACGAGACUCCAUUUCAUUCAUGUAUGUAGCCACCACACGACGCGCAUGCGCAUCCAAAAGAAGAACCCCACGGUUCAUUCUUCAUCACGUUCAUUCAAUCCUGAUCAUCCGUUUCUCAUUACUCCUCCGUUUGUGCUUCUUCUUCGCCUUCUUCUCCUCCUUCACCUCCCGGACCAAAUAGACUUCGCGCCAUGUCAAACUUGGCAUUCUCCUUUGGUUGAGCACGUUCCUUGGCCUUGGCAUCCUUUUCCCGCUGAUGCUGUUCGUUCAGAAUGGCUCUGUCAAACGAAGGCGCUGCCAUGUUGACAUCCUUUAGCUUGGCCUUUUCGGCACGCUCCUUUUUCUUGGUGGCUUCCUUUUUUUUGUUUUGUCCCAUAAAAUACAUCAUGUCCGCCAUCUUGGAAAUAGAUUGUUUGUUGAAAAAAAGAAAAGGGAAAGAAGGGUGCAAGGAAGAGGUAUCCGAAAAUCGAAAUUGUGAGAAAACGGUGUAGAAAGAUUUCGAGUUUCCUUGCUUGUGCUCAAGUCUGUUGUCGCUUCACGGUGUCAUCGCGGUUGAAGGCCAGGUCAUGCUCCACUUCCGCAUCUUUCCAAGAACCAGUGAGGCCAUGCCAUGCUCGAAAAUCUACUGGUGCCUACCUGAAACUUACAUGGAAGGCUGGCGAUGCUCAAUCCUGCUUGCAGUAUCUUGGUCUGUCUUGCUCCUUGGAUCCGAGCAAGAAUAAUCGGAGGGGGGUAACUCGAAAUUCAUCACAAAUAUAUUAUUAUAGGCAAAACAAAAGUGGGUCAAGAUAAGGGGACCAGGAGAUGAAAACUUGGGGCAACGCCCAUAAUGGGAUUACAAGAUCAGAUUGUACAAAUAAAUACUGUGGGACCAAUCCUGAUGUUGUGGGAACUAUGUAGGUAUAACUGAGUGGCUUGAACUACAUAUAGUAAUAAAUGGAGAGCCAGAAUCGAUAACUAUAGAACGUCAUCUGGGAGUAUGAGUGUUGAGCUGUUUGCACUGACUUCAGUGAUACCUUAAAUUUGCACUUGGGCUUUUAGAUCAAACAUUCUAUCCAUGGAGCCAUUACCGGUAGGCACAAAGAAUCUCGACAGAACCACAGUGGAUCUAACAGAGAAGCUCAUGAAAUUACCCAGGAUGUGUUGAACCGGUACUGGUAGUAGCUUGGACAGAGCUGCAGUUCGGAGAGGCACAGUUGAGAUGGGAUGGGCAGCUGGAUUUGUAGCUGCUUGUUCAGAGGAGAGACCUGGUCCACCAUUAAUUUAAAGUACCUAAAAAGUGAGAAUGCAAAGGCUUCACAAGUUCCCACAAAUUGUGGGGGUAAAAUUCCCCCCUCUGUUUGAGAUCCACAAGAGUACGGUAUUACGGGUACGCUAAACCUGUCCUCCCACCGGUACUUGGACUUGCCCUCAUCUAGAACAACCCGAUCUUGAUGACAUCUUGGUUCCGAAGAACCUUGUGAAAGAGCACAAGUGCGUCUAUUGGAAUGUGGAAGAAUUCCCCAAGAUAUCCUGGGCGUCAAAAAAUUGGGGACGGUCAGUUGAAAGUUGAAGCAGCCGUGCACCAUGCUUAAAUGCAGAAGUACAGUUAUUAGUUGUACUCUACUAUGGUACCGGUAGCAGCAGCGCAGAUGCAUCAAUCAAUUGUUCCUCCCCUCAACAAACGAGGUUCCUCUACCAUUCAGGCAAGCUGCCAGGGUUACUAUCAUAGCUAGCUAGCUAGAGCUAAUAGGUUGAUACCCUCCUGAACAUCGCUACCUCUCUCUUCUUGGUUCCGAAUAGAUAAUGGUCCAUCCCAAGGAAUUCCUUCGACAUCAGGAAAGCGACGUACACGAUGGUGGUCAAUCCUCGGGAAAACUCCAACAAUACGAACGACAACACACUGACGCCGUGAAUCUCAUUCAAUCGCUAUGGCGUCAAAAGAACCACCCGCUGGAAGAAAAGCGAGACUGGAUAUUGCUACCCGUCCUGAUCAUUCCGGGCAUUGCUUCCUCGGGGUUGGUCAUUGAACAUUCUGGAUUGGACAAUACCAAACAUGCCGGACAACGGGUCUGGAUGAAUGCCGCCUUUUUGGCAUCCUCUCGGCUGGAAAAGGGCAUUAUCAAUGCUGCCGAAAUUCUGCAAGCCAAUGCGUUUCGCAAGCAACAAUCCGAAGAAGCAGAAGAUUUUAGUCGAGCCGAAGAAGCCUAUCAAAUUCGAUCCGCAUGGUUGCAUCACAUGAGUUUGUCCGAUAAUAUGGUCGAUGAACGACCGGGGAACAAAGUGAGAGCGUAUAAUGGACUGGAAGGAAUAGAAUACUUGAGUGAUGAUUCCGUGACACAAGUUGGUAGUUGGGUGCAUGCACCUGUCACCAAAUAUCUUGUAGAAGAAAUGGGGUACACAAAGGGAAAGAAUCUAGAUGGAGCUCCCUACGAUUGGCGACUCCCUCCCAAAGUGUCGGAAGAACGCGACGGAUACCUGACCAAAACCAUCCAACGAAUUGAAGAAAUGUACGACGCCAACGAUGGACUGCCCGUGGUGUUGAUUUGCCACAGUAUGGGAUGUAAGAUGGGUCACUACUUUCUCAACUUUUGCCUCCAACAAAAGGGCCAAGCAUGGAUUGACAAGUACAUUCACACGUACAUGCCCGUGGGAGCACCACAUGCUGGAGUGAGUCUGGCGGUACGGGCCGGUGUCACAGGACAGGGAUUGAAUGAUCAAGUCGAUAUGUUGCUGGAGGGUGAUGAUGAAGGACUGGUCUUGUACAGGUCCUGGGGAUCAGGUGCCUGGCUCAUGCCACGGAUAUUACCGACUCACGUGGUACCCAGUUGCAUUGUGCGACGAGAAGGAGAGCUGGGGCUAAAGAUCGUCUCAUCCAUCCAAGUAGGACCAUUGUUUGCCAAUCGAGACAAGCCACCCAAAGAUUUACGAUUAACCGUCAUCUUCCGUGAUAGCAUUCGAGCCCACACCAACUUUGCAAAGGUAGUAUACAAGAGAACGGCCGCGGGAGGAGUUGACGCAACCGUUUCGUUCAACGAGACGUUUUACAUUGCCGUACCACAUUUGGAUGACCACGAGCAUUUGGGCGAACUGAAUAUUUAUUUGGAAGAACCAGCCGGACGACUCCACCAAUAUGGCAGUGACUUUCGACAGCAAAUGAGACAAUGGACUAGCUGGUCACCCAUACGAAAUGUCAAGAAAAAGAUAUCCGAAUGGCUACGGGAAAUGUCCAAACGAUGGGGCAGCGUCCUGCGUGUCGCAGUUUGCGAAACACCCCUGCGAUUCAAAACGUCCCAGUUUCGAUCAUCACGUGCUGGCGACGAUCAACUGGUCGAGUUGGUCAAGGAGGUGUCUAUGUGCGGUUGCGUCGGAAAUGACGAUACCAGUGAAGCCAGGGCCAUUGAGUACAGUAAUGAUGAUAUCGACGAACAAACAGAGGAAGAUGAUUGUUUGUGUGGUACUAGCGUGAGAAUCAAGCAAGGCGGCAAUACGCAUUCAGACAGAGAUAUCCAUACACAACCACGAUCAGAUCAACCUUUGGGUACCUUGCAUGUCAAGGUGCGCUACCGCCCACCGCCCAAACCAUUGAUGGACCGAGACACGGCUACUCCAGUGGCCGCUACAACACCGGGAUCGACGCCAUGCAUUCCCAUCCAAGACAAGUACAAGAAACUCAAUCCCACAAUCAACAAAGCCAACUUUGAAGUCUGGGAUGGUCACGACCUUUUAAAGUUUGAUGGCUUCUGCGGGCCAAGCUUCAAUUGUCUACAAGAAUACUAUGAGGCUGAUCCAUUGGGCCCCACGACGAAAUCAUCCGGUGAAGCCCCUCCAGUGAAACGCGUUCGCGCUAUUUACGGUAUCAACCUACCCACCGAAGUUUGCGCUGUGUAUCGUCACCGUCCUGUAGUAGUGGUUGGGGAUGACUUGGCCGACUCCAGGUACGUGUUGGACACGCAUGCCGCAUUCCCACCAGACGGUGAUGAAUCGGUGGAGAACAAUCCUUGGGCGAAGCAUAACCUGAAAGACUAUCAGAUGAGGAAUGGACGGAUCAUGGAGACAAAGUCUACGCUGCAAAACGUCCCUGGCAGGGUGGAGCAGCGACGGUGCUGUGGCGAUGGCACUGUACCCUACUGGAACUUGAUUCAUUGUCUUUCAUGGACCGGGCAGGUCCCAGAUUUGACAAUUGACGAAUUGAAAGGAGCGGAGCAUCGUGGAAUCCUGGCGGAUGCAAGGUUCCACGCCCUUUUGAAACAAUACUGUAAGGUGAGAGAUCCAAGAGCAACUGCUCUCUUGCAUUCGAAGCAACAGCAUUUGUCUAGAAUGAGACAAUCCACCACGCCUGGUGCGGGAGGAAUCGGUUCACUGCAGAGCGCACUUGCCGACAUGUCGGAUUCUUUGGAAGUGUUGCCGAGUGCAUGAGAGGGAUAGUGUUGAUGUAGCUACCGUAA